UGUCCCUCCCGCCCCGCGGCCCGGCGGCGGCACCAUGAAGGUGGAAGCGGGAGACAACUCCAUGAUCAACCUGUCGGUGCAGCAAGUGCUGAGCCUGUGGGCUCACGGCACCGUCCUCCGCAGCCUCACGGAGAUGUGGUACUGGGUUUUCCUCUGGGCUCUCUUCUCCUCUCUCUUUGUCCAUGGUGCUGUGGGAGUAUUAAUGUUUGUGAUGCUGCAGAGACAUAGGCAGGGGAGGCUGAUAUCUGUCAUUGUGGUCAGCAUUGGAUUUCUGGGUUCUAUAACUGGAGCAAUGAUAACCAGUGCUGCAGUAGCUGGAAUUUACAGAGUAGCAGGAAAGAAUAUGGCUCCCCUAGAAGCUCUUGUCUUUGGCGUUGGACAGACAGUACUGACAUUAAUUAUCUCAUUUUCAAGAAUUCUCGCCACGCUUUGAAACUUAUGUAGAAAGGGGGGAGAAAAACGUCUUUAAUCUGAAGAGAAGCUUCCUGACAGUGGAUUCAUCAGCUUAUGAACUUCAAUUCUAGUGCAAGAGGAAGGAAGCUAUGUGGAAAGUGCACUACAAGUCUCGAGGCUCAGUCAAAUGAGCAGGCUGUCCUCUAGUGUUGGAACUGCUGCACUCCUGCACUGCGCCUUAACGUGCCUCCGUCACGGGCGAGGGGGGAUCCCUGUGUGCCAGGCAGAGAUGGAGCACCUCGGGCAGCUGCCAGGCAGGUCCAUGCUUGGUGGUGGGAUCACUGUCCUUAACACAUUGGAAUGAAACAGAGGGGCCAUCCUGAAAGCUGCUCCGUGUGCCAAACUUGGGGUUUCAUUCUGAGCGGGUGGCUGGGUAAGCUCUGGAAUGUAGAAGAAUUCUGUGAAUGUGCACAAUUCUCCUUGAAUUCAGGGGAAAUAGCAAGAUAACUGACUUUUGUGUAUUAGAAGAAUCUCUCUGGAUGCUGAAUAUUCCUGUUCAGCAUUCAAAACAACGGUUAGAUCUGUUUCAAAAUGUAGAUUAAUUUUGAUGGGGUUUAAGAACCGCAGCUUUAACAACCCUGGUGUAAUUAGCACUAUGUGAAGAAUGGCUCGUGGCAGUUUUGUUCCUUGGCACAUUUCUUUGUGAGUUUAGCCUGUCAGAAAUCAGGAGUUUAAGGUGACUGUAUGAAAGUUAUUAAGUACAAGCUGUUGUGUAUGCACAAACAAAUCUUAAACUGAUGUUUUCCUUGAAAUUACUUUGUCUUAAGCAUACAGAUGGCUACCAGCCCUUCUGCAAACCUCAGAAAAAGGGUACUCGUUGCAAAUAAACUCCCUAUAUUUAAUUAAGCACUGGUAGGACCCUUACCCCUACAUGUAUUCUGUAAGGAAAACACAAAUACAACAAACUCUCAGAGAAUACACCUAUGAGGAAAAUAGAAAGGGUUAACAAUAUGAUAUCUUGGUUUUCUAAUGAGAAAAAUAUUAAGUGUAAUAAAAUGGUUACCAUACUCCAAAAAUUUGUAAGUGGGGCAGCACUAAUGUAUUUACUACCUUGUUUCUGAACACUUUGUAUCUUUGGAAAGAUACCUGGAACUUUCAAAUACUUAGCUUUCAGUGGUUUGUGCUUUUCUAGUUUAAAAGGGACUGAGUGGUGUUGUGCAUGUGAAAUGUCAUAAAUGUGAGUGUUUGGAGUAAAGAGAAAUUUUAAGUCUAAUGACUAAUUAUUUAUGAAAUACAAAAUAUAAAGGGCAAAAGGUUCUGUGAAGAAUAAGGAAUCUUUUACAUCUUCUCUCAGCUUAAGGCUUUUCAGCAGUUGUCUCUUAAUGAUGAUGGGGAGUAAAUCACUCAAAGAUUUUGCUGUUAUGAUGUCAGAAAGACUUUCAGGACUGUCACAAACAUUGGCACCUACUGCACACCUAAAAGAAUAUGUUUAAAAUGUAACUUGCAAUCCAGUCAUUGCUUAGUACUUUGAAAUAUAAUGAAUUAACCUGUCUGCCUUUAUCUUAAUCCACAUACAUUUCUUUAAAGUACUAGAAAUGCUAAUAGUGUUUGUUUUCUUUGAAAGCAUCAAAGUCCUGUUUGGAAAGCAUACAAAGUUGUGGGCUUUGCAGGGAACAAGUUAAAAUAUAGGUUUAUACAUAUUUUCAGUAUUAUUUUUACUUCUAAUUGCUGAAAAAUGUGGCUGAAUACAAAUACUGUCAUUGUUUUUGAAUGUCUUCAAAAACUUUCCUGUCGUUUAUUUUUUUGUAAUUUGUCUUUUAUUUCUGCUUAUGAUUUUUUGGCACACAACCAUUGCACUUUAAUAGACAAUGAAAUUAUGACAUCUGUAACAAGCAAUUGAAACUUCUCCCCAUUGUCUUAAAUUGUGAGAAAACUGGUUUCAGGUAUUAAAGUCAAAUUGAAUAAUAAAGUGAUUGAAGAUAUUUCUCCUAAUGUGCCUUGUUACAUAUAUGUUUAGGGGAGAGGGUUUAAAAAAAAUUGUCACAUCUUCAUUCUUGUUCUAUUUUGAUUAUUUCUAAUUAAUUUGGUUACUUGAUACAGUGUCUUGUUCAACAGAGUUUAAAACAUUUUAUUUGACAAACCUCGAAAGCUUGUCUGGAUCAAAACCAACCACAUCACAAAGAACUGUUUUCAGUAAUUUAGAUUGUCUCAUGCCUUUAUCUCACACUGAAACUAAUUCACAGGUUCCAAAUUUUCUUGAACAUCUCAAAUCUUAAUUUUUAUAGGAGGCUAUUAUGCUGCCACUGGUCAGUGGCUGUCUGUCUUUCACUAAAUUAAACUACAGCAGACUGCUGCCAACUGAUGAGAUAUGUAUGCUUGUAUUGAUGAACUUCAUUCUUCAUUUUAAUUACUGUGCCAAUGAAGUUGUUGCCACUGUAACUCUCCCCCUUGGACAAGGAGGCAUCUUUGCAGGUUUUAAGCUACCUUUCUCCAAAUAAUUUUUAUUGCAUAGGUACUUGUAUUCACUUUGAAAGUGUUGUUGUGUGCUUAGCUCUCUCUGCAUUGUGUGGCAUUAUUGCCUGGCAACAGGGAACAGGCAGAUAAUACUUAAGUGACCUAACGGGGACAAGGCUUUAUUUGACAGAAGUUUGUUUUCAGCUCUUUCUUGUGAGGAGUUUAUAAUGGUGAAAAGUUUGUCUGUGAAGUGUUCUUUGAUCACAGCAUGAACUUACUGCUUAAUAACUCCAGCAGUGAAAGAAAGUGUGAGUGGCCUUAUGUCUGCAAAACUUGGAACUUUCAUUCCAUAUCCCUGUUAAGCAUAAGGUGCUUUAGUCAGUGUUUAUGUGUGAGUGUGUGUGUGUGUGUAUAUAUAUAUGAAUGAAUGGUGGCUUUUUGGAGUUUGUUUUAUACCUGAUACACACUAACAACUGAAAUAGGUUUUCCAAUAAAAAAUAAAAUUACUUUAGAUAGCCUCCCCUCCCCCUUCCCCUCUUAAUGAAGCUACAAAGACAUCUUUGUGUGUGAAUGGCACUGAUGGUACCCUGGUUCACCCUUGGACAAUGCAGUGUUGUCACACAGGAUGUUUUAGCACUGUCUUCAAUCAGCUCUGCCUGUCUCUGCAUUGUGUCAAAGUGCACAUUCUGCAUUGUGCAGAACAAAUAAUGCAUUGACACAGUUUAAUAUUUGGAAGAAGGGGGAGUACUGAAUAUAUUAUUUAGUGUGGAAAAGGUACUGGUUUUUUAGUAGCUGCUGUUAACAAAGAUUCAAACAUUCCACACACUUUCAAUUUUUCAAUAUGAUCAUGGAAUUGUAAAAUACCAGGUUGGAGGGGACCUCAUUGAUGGUCUGGUCCAACUUUUCCUGUCAAGAGCAUGGUCUAGACAAGGUAGCCCAGCACCCAGCCCAGUCUUUAAAGUGUCUAUUGGCCCUCAUCAUUUCCAUGUGACUGCUUGUAAUAAGGGAGUCUUUUCUUUGUAGCCACCCUUUGGAAAUAGGAAUAUGGUGAUAAAGUCUCCCUUGAGCCUUCUUUCUUCAAGAAUCAACCCAGUUCUUUGCCUUUCCUCAUAUGUCAGGCUUCCCAGACUGUUGAUUAUCCCUGUGGCCUUUCUCUGGAGCCUUUCCAAGCUGUCCAUGGUUUUGUGUGUUUUUUGCAUGUCACGGACCAAAGCUGAACACAGAGAACCCACUAUUGCAGGUGUGGCCUCUCAAGUGGCUGAGUGAGAUAAUGGUGAUUUUAUCUCUGCUGAUGAUGCCUUUGUUGAUCCAGUUGGCUUUCUUUGCCAUAACAGCACACUGCUCUCUCACAUGGAGCUGCUUCUUCACCAGGACCCCCAGAUCCAUUUCCACAGAGCUGCUCCUCAGGCAGGUCCAUCCCAGCCUGUGCUGCACUCCUGGAUUGUGUUUUGCCAAUUGCAAGAUCUAACCCUUGUCCUUGUUGAACUUCCUAAAAUUCUCUAUACAUCCUAUCAAUGUUCUUUUAGUUCUCAAUGUGUAUUUUUCUGCUUUUCCAUCUCUGGUACACUUCUUUUCUGGAUUUGAGCAAAUUCAGAAGUUCACAGUUAAGCCAAGGAGGUCUCUAGCUCUGCCUCUUUCCUGACCUUAAAGGGGAUGAACUGGUUUAGUAUUUCCAGGAGACUGCAUGUGAAAAACUCCCAGCACUUUAUCCUCCAUAGCAUCCCUUCCCAUGGGCUAUGAGCAUAGUGAAGUUUGCUCUUCAAAAUCUAAAAUGUUUGUUUUAACACUGACCUUCAGCAUGCUCAGCAGGAUCCCACUACUGUGACCAUGGCAGUCGAGGCUGUCCCUGAUUGGGUUUUACAAAGCAGGUUUCCUUGGCUUGUGAGUAGCAAGUUCAGCAGUGCCUCACCCUUGAUUGGCACAUCUAACCAUCUGUAUUCCAAAUAUGUCCUCUACAUACUCCAGGAAUGUGAUGGAUGACAUGUGGGAUGCUGUACUGUUCUUCCAACAAGUGUCUAGGCAGCCAACAUCACCCACAGAACCAGGUUCUUUUGACCCAAAGCUUUCUUAAGUGACCCAAAUAUUGUUUCCUUUGUGUUAUUUCCUUGGUUUGGAGGUCAGUAGCAGAUGCCUACUUGGAGAUUUCCCUUGGAGACGACCUCUCUGACCUUGACUCAGGCAUUCAGUAGAGCUUCCACAAUCUUUGUAGGCAUAUAUUGAGGUGGUUGUUCUUUGGGUUCUCAUCUUGGGAAGCAGCUAAGGAACAUUUGGCACUACUCUAGUUCGGUUGACUUAUUCCACAGAUCAAAAAAUUCUGUUUUGGUUCAAAGCCUGCAGCUAUGUUUCAGGAAAAAAAAUCUUCCAAAAAUUAUUGUCUUUAAAUUUCUGGGUAAUUGUGAGUUUAUGAAACUAAGCUACGUGCUGUGGCUAGCCAUGAUUUGUUGUUGACUUUUUUUUUGAAGAAACCAAUACUUUAACGAGUUUUGAACAUUCAGCAUAGAUCUGAUUUUGUCUAAAAUAGCUUUCUGUUUUUGAAGUACACUGUUUUGAUUUUGACAAAAUAGUGUUUCCCUCUCAACAUAUUUAUUGAUAUUUAUUUUGCUUACAAUUUGUGUUUGAGUUCUGCUGUUGGAGGCACAUAUAUAAUGCCAUUUGAGCAGAAACUGUAAUGGAAUCUGAGCUCUAAUAACUAUAAAAUUGGGUCUUUUUGUUUUAAUUUAUGUAUUUCAUGCACUAGACAUAUUUUAAUAAUGCCUUGCCUGCAUUAAAUCUAAGUAUUUGUACCAUGAGCAUAUUAAACUGGAUGUUUUUGUACACAGUCACAUCACACGUCUAUAAUUCCAGAUGAAUAGACACAACAGUAUUGCUUGGUGUAGUGAAUUGUGGAUUAAUCAGUUAGCCUCCCUCCCCAGAAAGUAUGUGACUCUAAUAAGGCCUAGUAAUGCAAUUGUGAACCUGAGAAUAUUUUUCAGUUGCUCUUCUUUUUCUAGAAAUAGUUUUUUUAUCAAGUGUGUAUUUCAGUUAAGGGGAAAAACAUAGGUCACAGUUGUCAUAUUAAUAACCAGUCUAAUUCCAAGCAAUUUGAGAUAAAACGGAAUUCUGAAUGUUGCUUAUAAAUUAUGAUGGAGUGUUACAUACACAAAAAUGCUAAAGCAUAACUUUUUUUUCAGAGUUACCAAAAUUUAACAUACAACUGCACCAGCAUAUUGAUGGGGUGCCUUUUGAAUUAUAACUUUUAGUCUUUAGAUUGGGAGCAGCCCAAGGUGGAAAGACUGUUCAAAUCCUCAGCUGAAGUAAUAAAUGUUCUUUGAGUAGAGAUGAACUUAACAGAGCUGAACAUUUGUUUUGGGCUAAUGGUCAGAUAUUUGGUGGUGACAUUGGUCACCAGCAUCACAACCUUUAAAGUCAGUGGGAAAAGUAUUCUGUCCUCUGUUACAGCAGUGAAAUCUUCACCUGGCUUCAUUAAUUUUUGUAUGUAGCUGCACAGAAUUUUAGGAAAAUGAAGUUAUCCUAGAAAGUAGAAUUCAACCUGAGUACAUGAGUUUGAUAUCCUAAAAUUGUGACAUAUUUUGUCCUGAAGCAUGCUGUUUCUGCUGUUUCCCACAAUUGUGCCUGAAGUUACAGAUGCGAUUCAGGCUAUGCGUUAAUUCUAAAUGCAAUCACAAGGACAUCUGAAAGCCUGUAAAGAUGUAUUACUGCUUGGGAUAUUCUGCCAGUGUAGCAGGUAUAAAGACAAUUGAGCUCUAAAAACAUUAUCUAAAGAAGUAUUUUCUUUCAGGAAUGCGCAUUUUGUCACUUCUGGUUGUGCUUAUCUUGUAGUUACUGAAGACCUUAGGAAGCUACUGCAUGAAUCCUAGCAGGAUUUGAUAGCUGUUGAAGGGAAUGGAGAGUAUGUCCUUUUGUGAUUCUUCUGUGGACCAAAACACCAACUCUAAGGCAAAGUAAAUACUGAAGAGACAUUUUCAGUAAAAUAAGCAAUACUUGAUUGAUACAAAUGGCAUUACUUUUGGUUUCAGAAUUAACUCUCUAGGCUUACUUGAGAAAUUUAGUAUCAACACUAAAAUCCAUUUUGGAUUAUCCACCAAUAUGAGGUAUAUGGGAUCUAAAAAUCUAAAACAUUUUAAAAUUACUUGGCUAGAGGUUUUACUUGUUUGAAAUGUGCCUAAAUUUUAUACAGAUAAUGGAGUUCUGAAGGUCCUUCAUAUUUUGGGUGUUUUAGAGGACAAUCAGGUAUCUAUAGAACUAAACUUUUGACUGUAACAAUAUAUAGAAUAGCACACAAUUUUUCAGAAGUACUUACAGAAGCCACUAAGAAUAAAUACCUAUUUUACUGUUAGAAAAAGUAUUUAUCAUCUGUAUUGAUUACUCUAACAGUUGUACUGUAAGCUUUACAAAUACAAGUAUUAUAACCAUUUGUAUUUGGCUGAAAAAAUAGGAGGAGAGGGAAAUGGGAAUUUGAAAAUCUUUAAAAAUGACAAAGGUAAAAAAAUAUCCAUUAGUCCACUGACAGAUUUGUGCUCCUUCUGUAAACUUUUCAUCAAGCAUGAAUUAACCAAUAGAACAUUGUUGGUGUCUUACUAUAAACUGUCUUGUUGAUAGAAUGCAUUCUUCAAACAUGUAUUAGAAAUAAGUGUUCAUAUCUUCACUUUAUGAAGUUACCUAAGCUAAAGUGUUGUGACCUAGGCAAAGUUAUGAAGCUGAAAGAUAGCAACAACAGUGUUGGAGAAGAGUGAUUUAACAUUUAGUUGAUUUAUGCUUUGUACAGGACUCUGUUAUGGUGUGCAAAAGGUACUUGUUUUGAGUGGUGGAUGUACUGCAUGCUCAUGUUUAAUAGUUUAGCUCCAGUUAAAAAAGGAUGGCAUUUAAGUUGUAAAUAGUGUACACUACUAUAUUUCAUUUUUAAGCAACUUUCUUAUUUCCCUGUUUGUGUACAGUUCUCUAUGUACAUAUUAAAAAAUCCUAAAACAAACAAACCACAACAUUUUGAGAAACUUUUGUAGUUAUCUUUUGCAUUUUAAUUGUGUUAACAACCUAAAUAUGUCCAUUCAGCUGUCUGUUUAGUUUGAAGUUUUCAUUGCAUGCUUUCAGGUUCUUUGAAAAACAGCAAUAACAGUUGGACAGUUAUUUAAAGUAAAACAUUCUUCUGCACAAUUUCCACUUCCAUUCUUUAGAAUGCAUACACAGUGGAACAGUUGUCCAAUUGUAAGAUUUAAAUAAUCGUUUAGUAAUUAUUUAUAUUUAUUUCGUUUGUGGUGGUAGGAUAUGUCUCAUAGUAGCUUAUAAACAGAAUUUGCAAGUUAAACACGAUUUUUUUCUCAUGCUCAUUUAUUUAACUAAAAUUUUCUAUUAAAAUAUUUUCAUAAACUUUCUGUAGCUUACUGUAUGUUCUUCUAAGUAAUCAUGAAGCUAUUUUUCAACCUCUGUAUGAAAUACUCUGACAACACAAGUUUUACGUUUUGUGAAUCUGGUUGAAAUGUACAGAUGUACACAUAAAAUAAAGCUAAAAUUAGCAA